AUGGCAACAAAUGGCAGCUCCUGGGGAAACUUCCUUUUAAUUGGCUUCUCAGAAGAUCCAAAGGCUGAGUUCAUCCUUUCUCUGGUGAUCGCUGGUUUCUACACCAUGACACUCACUGGCAACACAGCUAUCAUCUUGAUCUCCCUUCUGGACAGUCGACUUCACACCCCCAUGUAUUUCUUUCUUCGAAACUUGUCAUUUCUGGACAUUGGCUUCACGACCUGCAUUGUCCCUCAGAUGCUGGUGAACAUGUGGAGUGGUGAGAAGACGAUCACAUACAUAGGCUGCAUGGUUCAAUUUUCAGUGGCCUUGGCUCUUGGCUCCACAGAGUGUGUGCUGCUUGCCGUCAUGGCUAUUGAUCGCUACGUUGCUGUCUUGUGGCCUUUGCGUUAUGCUACAAUCAUGAACCAACAAAUAUGCCGCAUUCUGGCUGCUGUUUCCUGGAUCUCUGGAUUUGCCAACUCUCUCCUUCAGUCAUCACUAGCCAUUGUUUUGCCUCUAUGUGGUCAUCGUCAAGUGGACCAUUUUCAUUGUGAGAUCCUGAUCAUUAUCAAGCUGUCUUGUGUGGAUACGGGUCCAACUGAAUCGAAAAUGUUAAUUGGACGCCUGAUCAUUCUUGCCAUCCCAGUGUCUAUCAUCCUUACCUCCUAUGCCUGUAUCGCCAGAACUGUGGUGAAGAUGCAAUCUGCUGAAGGACGAAAGAAGGCUUUUGGGACAUGUGCCUCCCACUUGACGGUGGUCACAGUGUUUUUUGGAACAAUUAUGUUCAUGUAUCUUCAGCCUAAAAAUAAUUACUCUCAAAAUCAGGGGAAAAUCCUGGCACUUAUUUAUACUGUUAUUGCUCCUACUAUGAAUCCACUCAUCUAUACACUGAGGAACAAAGAUGUAAAAAGGGCAAUGAGAAAAGUUAUCUGGAAGGAUGUAGUUUAA